UUGCUCGCCGGGGAGGAGUGACGUCACUACACAGUCAUGUGACCUGUCACCUAACGCCUUCUCUCAGCAUGUCCCUCUUCUCUCUCCGUACAUAAUUCAGCCGAUGACAUUUAUCACGUGAUCGUGCUGGAACUACAAUCCCCGGCAUUCCCCGUCCGGUUAAAUCCUCCGGGUCCCUCAUUGGCAGUGAUGCAGGAGGACGGUAAUUCCCAGCGGACGGUUAUUUGGUGUUGUGUUAUCCCCCGGCCUGGGCUAUGGGGACCCCGUGACGUCAGUCGGAGGUCAUGUGGUUUGCAAUCCAAGAUGGCUUCCUCCCUGUGAGGUGUUUGUGAGAAGGAGCAGAGCGCAGGGAGGGGAAUGAUGAUCGGAUCGCCGGAUCUGGUGGCGUUUACCCGGGACGAGGACUAUGACUUCCCGCAGCACAGCAGCCCGGGGCUGCCGGAGGAAUACUCGGUGCCGCUCUUCCCGUACUCGGAGGCGGAGAGCAGCCCCUGGUCCCGGCUCUCGGGGGCCAAAUUCAGCCGGGACUUCAUCCUGAUUUCGGAGUUCUCGGAGCAGGUCGGGCCUCAACCUCUGCUCACCAUCCCCGACGACCCCCGGGUGAGGGGCACCUUUGACCUCAACUACUUCUCCCUCCGUAUCAUGUCAGUAGAUUACCAGGCCUCAUUUGUGGGUCACCCCCCAGGCUCCUCUUACCCCAAGCUGAACUUUGUGGAGGACUCCAAGGUGGUCCUGGGGGACUCUAAGGAAGGGGCCUUUGCUUACGUCCACCACCUGACCCUGUACGACUUGGAGGCGCGAGGCUUUGUGCGUCCCUUCUGCAUGGCCUACAUCUCCACCGAUGAGAACAAGAUCAUGGAGCAGUUCCUGGAGCUCUCCGGCGACUUCUCCAAGGCUUCCGAUUGCCUGAAGACGGGAAACCGCAAAGCCUUCGCCAACGAGCUGGAGAAGAAGCUGAAGGACCUGGACUACACCAGGACAGUCCUGCUGAACGAGAUGGAAGAGCAGCAGAAGACGGACCACACCGGCUUCUACACCACCCAGGCCAUCGAGAAGGCCAACGAGCUCGCCAACGUGGAGAAGUCCAUCAUCGAGCACCAGGACCUUCUGAAGCAGAUCCAGUCCUAUCCGUACAGACAUCUGAAAGGAGAAGACUAUCAGCCGUACGUGCCCGAGACUUCCCAAGAUGAGGCCCAAGACUCCGAUCCGGCCAACCACGAUGAGACCGAGGUCUACACCCCCCGCCCGUCUUACACCCCCAAGUUCAUAAAAGCCAAGUCCUCCAAGUGUUUUGACAAAAAACUGAAGACGUUGGAGGAACUUGUUGAUGUCUAUUUCUUCACGCAGACCAUAGACCUGCUGACCUCCAUCGAGAGGCGCUAUAGGGGUGACGUGAGCUACUUAAUCAUGAGCCACCUGGACAAGACUCUCUUGGGCCAACAAGCCUUUGCCAACUUUCUGUUCGAGGACAUCUCCAGCUGGGGCCCUAGACUAAUCGAUAGGCAGUAUUCAGACCAUUUGGGUAUCCAUCAGAACACCCCGAGGUCCAAACUUGCUGAAGAAACUGAAAACCUGAAGCCUUCGGGCAGCAUGGAGUCCUACAAGUCCAGCGUAGAGUCCGUCCCUAUCAAAAUCGAGCAGGAGUUUGACGACGAGCAAGACGCGACGGACGUUUGUGACCCUUCGGGCAAUGCUGAGGGUCUGGAGGCGGAUACCAAAGGGAGUAUAAGUAGUGGAGAGAGCAUCGAGGUCUUAAGGACUGAGAAGUCUACUCUUCUUAUCCACUCUGAGAGUCAGCCGUGCUUGAGGCUUAAUCCGAGCCCGCAGCAGAGGCGGAGGGCGGGCAGCCGGAGGACCAUCAGCGAGGACAGCAUUGAGGUUCUCAGCACUUGUACUUCUGAAACUGUGAUCCCGGAAGAUUUUCGAGCCACCUACCAAAUAGCCAUUAACGAAGAGGAGGCCUUUGCCGAGGACUAUGAGAGUGCCAACUAUUUCGGUGCAAUGCCGGAUGACAAAAAAGCCAACCAGGGUGACCCUGCCUGUUGUAUAAGAUCAGAUAGUCCAAACCUUGAAGACUUGGCUGGAGAUCUAGUGCCGGGACAUUGCGGUGAUGGCGUCGUCAUCAGUGUCCCACCACAGCCUGGUAAGCACGUGAGCCAGACGUUCGGCCAGGUGAAGUUCUCAGUAGAGCAGGUGGACGAUCCCUCUGGGGAAGUCUUCUCUCCUCCAGAGUCCAACUACUUCCUGAGCAGCAAGGAUGCGAAAAAAACGACUCUCGACGAGGACUCCACCAGCUUCAGGAGCAGCGCCUCCACCUGCUCUGAUAGGACACCUUCCCCUCCCCCCGUGCCCACCAUCACUGAACGACAGAAAAGAAAAUCCGGCCGAAACGCUCUGAUGUUCAUCAGGCAGUACCCCUUCUCCCACCCCGCCAUUUACUCUCUGCUCAGCGGGAGGACCCUCGUGGUGCUGGGUGAAGAGGAAGCCUUUGUGAAAAAACUCGUGACUGCUUUGUCCAUCUUUGUCCCUAAUUGUGGACAUGUUGCCAAACCUAUCAAGCCAUGGGUGACCUCCCCACUGCACAUCAUGGAUUUCCAGAAGUGGAAACUGAUUGGGCUUCAGAGGGGGGUCUCUCCAUCCGGAUCCAACACCCUCCACUCCCUGAGCCGAUACAGCCGCUACGCCAGCAUCCUGGAUGCGGACAACAAGACGCUGCGGUGCCCGGUGUAUAGGGGCACCCUCCUCCAGAGGCUGGCGGACCACCGCACUCAGAUCCGGAAGGGCAGCACCUACUACCUGCACGUGCGUAGCGUUCUGACCCAGCUCAGCGCCAAGGCGUUCCUGUUCACUUUCUGCCACCACGUCCACCUGCCCAUCCGGGAGAAGGAGGGCGAGGAGUCUAUAGCACAGCGCCGGGCCGCCUUCCUCCAGCAGCUCCUCGGCCUCUCCCAGGAGGACAGUAAAAUCGUGGAAUACCUCUCCGAGCUUCUCAAAAUGCAUUAUCUAAGGGAAUCGGGGACGCCGCUGCUGCCGGUGCUCAGAUUUGACUACAUCCCCAGCAUUUUAUACAAGAUUUGACAGGACCCCCCCCCCCCAUAGGCACUCAUGGAUGUAGAAGUCAUGGUAGGUCUGCACUGUGGCCCAGAGAAGAUUGGUGGGGGUUCAUUUACUUUUUGCCUUUUAUGUUCGUUACCUAUUUAUGUGAUUUGUUAGAUCAUCUCAACCAGUUUUAACUACUGAGGACCUCGAUCGGUGGUCUCCGACCAGCGGCUCUCCAGCUGGUGCAAAACCACAACUCCAAGCAUGCCGGUGGCUCUCCUGGCCAUGCUGGGAGUUGUAGUUUUGCAGCAGCUGGAGGCCACUAACCUAGACUGAGAGGUAAAGAAGCUGCCGAAUGUGCUGCAUGCACGUAAAUUUUUUUUUUUUAAGGGACGCUAACCCUAGAGCGUCUCUCUAUUUGCAGGCGAAUGUCAUCUGUUGUUCCCUGUUAUCAGCCACUUCAUUGAAACGCUUUUCAAUCCGGAAACCUCCCCUCCCCCCACAGUCACAUAUUUGUAGACACAUUUACAUCCAUGUGAGACAUAUCAGCCGCUCCUCCGACAACGCUCAGGCCCUUAGGGUGAGUUCACACGCGGCAGCUUUAUUGCAUACAUUUCGGCGACUGUCUCCCGCUGCAGGCGCAGCCCCCUUCAGAUGAUUUUCAGUUGCAGAAAUUUCUACCUCGUGUGAAUUCGCCCUCUGUCCGCGUAGAAUCACCGCUGACAGGCUGGUUGCUAUGGACAUACUCAACCGCCAUCUCUUCUUAUAGAGCUGGCAGAUGUCCCUAGCAACUAGACUCGGAUUACAUAAGAUUUCAGUGCCAUAAUUGGCACCGGGCAGAGAAGCGACAGGAGCAGAAGUCAGGCUGUACUGCCAUAGUAAUCCGAUUUUUGGCAACCUGUGAAGAACAUGGCAGCCUUCUUCCAGACACAACAACGCCCUAUCUGACCAUGCGGUGGACAGGUGUGGCGCUGUUUUCUUGCCGAUCAGCUGUAUGAAGAAGCCGCGGUGCUAUGCGAGCUCUUAGGCCUCUUCCUAGGUCAAGUCGCUCACCGGAAAGCUGCGGCCUCCGCAAACAGUUGAUCGUCGGGGAUUCCGGGGGUCAGAUCCCCACCGAUAUCGUAUUGAUGACCUAUUCUGAGGAGAGGUCAUCCAUACGUAUAUUCCAGAGAACCCCUAUAGGGCUAGGUCUACAUGACGACAU